AUGGAGAAGGUAGGGGCCAUAUGUUUGCGCAAUUUUGUUGCAGUGAAGGUUUGCGGGCUUGCUGAGGACAGCUGUUCAAUAUCGACGCAGCGGUCGUCUGGUGGAGGAGCCAAGCUAUGCACCCUGGACAUGCAGUCAUACCUGGAGGUCAUGGGGCGGCAGCUGGAUGAGAUUCAGGCGCAACAUCACCAGGACGGGCUACCGCCCGAAUACCCGCCACCCCUGGGCUUCUGCCACAGCCACGGGGAACGAGAACAGUUGGGCUCGCCCUGCAUCGGCGAUAGCAGCGGAGCUCUUCCAUCGUCCUCCGCGAGCCAGAGUGUCGAAGACGGGCGUGCCAUCGGGGGCGUCACCGAUGGGCACGAGCAGCUCUUCGCAUUCCAUUCCUUGUGGCAUUCCCAGUGGUUCGUAUGCGACACCAGACAGCCACAAUCGGGGCUGUCCACUGACCGCCUCAGCCAGCAGCAGCUCGCCAGCGUAGAUUUCUACCAAAAUGCAGGCUUUCGCGGGGUCGCCUCAGAGGUGGAGUUGCUAUCAGAGGUGGCGUCUGAGAGUGAUGUUUCACCUUACCCCAUAGCGCUUCCAGGCAGGCCUUUCGACGGCAUCGACAGCGAGGAGGACGAUGUCGUGCAGCCAGCCGGCAACAGUUAUGCCGGCGGCAGCACGAACGCCCGUUGCACUGCACAGGCUUUACCGGACGAUUUGGUGGGACCACGUGGAGAGCAACCAGAUGAUGUCAGCGAUCAGCGAGUAGUACAGCAGCUCGUAAUGCAACAGCAGCCUCUCCCGCCCGCAGCAUGUACAGAUUCGCGACCGCAAUCCGGUGCAAGUGCUCGUGCGCCGCUGGUGGUUGCGAGCUUGGAAACGGAGGAGGCGCUGCGUGCGCUUCUAGCAACCCCGCGGUUUGCGAUGAGCCGCAGUGACAAUGUGGCAACCAGCAUCGAUGUAGAGGGUCUGGAAGUGCCGGCCGAAGUCCUAGCUGCCCUUGCGAAAACAGACGGCAUGGACCUGGACGCUGCCCUCGGCGCCGCUAUGGCUGUUAGCUUGCGUGAGCAUCCUAGCUUGCCACUAACACCGCCAGCUAAGCAGACUCAGGGCACCGCGGGCGUUGGUCAGACCGGACAGGGGCGUCAGAUGGUACUUGGCCCGGGGGCCCUCACUGCGGCGCCGGUGACCGUGUCUCCAGGGGGGGCGGUCCGGGGUUUUGAAACCAGUAAACGUAGCGCAGGCGGCGCCAGCGUGCGGGCUGCCAGCAUUGCGGGGCCAAUGCCAUCCGUGGUGCCCCCUCCGCGUGACGCUGGUCACCCUAAACAGCAAGCGGACCGCCCGUCAGCGCCGAUUGACGCUAGCUUUGAGGUUGACCGCCUGGACAUGCUGUCGCAGACUGUGGAGAUUUCGAUGGAAGGAGCCCUAUCUACCACUGACUCUGCUGUUUUCGCUGCUUUGGCAUCAGCGCAAGCGGCAGUUGCGCAGCAGCACUCCCAGCCUGUGCUCUACAGCCUUGCGCCCAAGCCGACCUUGCCUGUCGACAAGGGUAGCCGGCGCAACACCUCGGAUGGCGAGAGCAGACGCGUCACUAUAGAUGCCGGCAGCAGAUGCACACUUGGCGGCGGUGGCGGUAGCAGACGUAACACUGCUGACGGCGGUGCACUGAUAUUUGAGUUUUCGGACGCAGGGCAAAUGAAUGGUAAGGAGCAUCCGCACUCACGGGUCCAUUCUGCAGCGCCUACUGCCGACCCAACAGUAACCGCGGGAGUUAGCAACGCUGGGCGGCCCGAUAUGCGGCCAGUCGGCGCGUCACCCAGUGUUGGUGGCACAGUGUCAGGCCAUGGUGGAGCAGGCAACAGUUCAGGACGUGCCCCUGACGGAGUUGCUGCAGCCGCAUCGCCUGUCAGGGGCUUCCGGGGCGGCGCUAACGUGGUGUCUCCCUCAGCGGCAUCAUCAAUUAUGCGGCAGGGCGGCGACGGGGACAUGGUGCUGUUCGGUAGUCCCAGCCAAAAGGGAGAUGCAGGGGCGUCACCCAGCCCCUCCACUAGUCCGUAUGUGCCCCCCAGCCCACCGCCGGGUGCUGACCCGUCUCCAUACAUAUCCUCGCCGACCGUGACUCACAUGGGCAGUCGCCUGCAGCGCAACAGCCGCAAAAUGGAUGAAGAGGCAGUUACCGGGGUGCGGCAUGAUGCUGAAGCGGAGCAUGGUCAGCUAGGCGUGGAUGGUGGCGUUGGACGGCAGCUUCGCAUGCAGGGCUUGCAGCACCACGUUUCACUGCACAAGCAGUAUUCGGAUCAACAGGUUGUGCCUGCGCCAGCCGAGGUAACCCCGCCAUCCACUUCUUCCUUGCCGACUGAGGUCUCGCCACCCUCGCGUCACGCAACCGGAGUGGUGUCCCCCGGCACAGUUGUAGAGGGCAUGGGCUGUCCCGCGAUGACGUUCCCUGCGACAAGAGGAUCUACGGCUGCUAAGUCAGGACUGGCAGAACCCUCGGGCCAUAGCAGUGAUAGCAAUCAAACCAGUAGGCCGCAGCUGCAGUCCCUGGGUCUACAGCUAGCAGCCUUCUCCCGUGCAGCAGCACUCGCCGCGGCAGUGGACGUGGGCAUUGCCCCGCCUCCUCCUGCUGUUGAACGCCGCCCUGCACCGCCCACUGUGCUAUCGGUAAACACGCGAUCGGCAUCCGUGGAGCCAGUUGCCUCGGUAACUCCAGAUGCAAGUGCAACUUCUCGGGAAUCGGACACUGGAAAGCUCAAUGUGGCGGGGCUCAAUGUGACUGGUGAUGCGAGCACGGCGGCAGGGUUGCAGUCACGUGGCUUGGGCAAGCCAGCGAGGAAUACUUAUGGUCAGGGGGAUAUCGCUGCUGACGGAAGGCACCUUUACCUGGGCCAUCCAGAGCUUGUGCAGGGACAGCUACUCGUCGCAAUCAGCUCGGCGCCGACACAGGGAGCUGUGACUGAGGCGAGAGCGCCCCUUGCAUGCAGCAAGAAAGAGGCAACGAUAGCCAACGUGCUCAACCUAACCCACGAAAAUUCUGACGUGACCGUCGCCAAUGAGGCGGGUCAGGUCAAAUGGGCAUGGCAGACCGACGCCAAGGGUAAGCCUGGCCCGGGGCGGCUGGAUACCACGGUGGCGGUGCCGCCUUCGCCCAGCAGCUGCAACAAUAGCAGUGGCAGCCCUUGGGCGUCCCCUGCCGCAGCUAGUGCAGUUGUCCGUGACUCAGGCGCCGAGUGGGCCCUUCAACAGCUCCCGCCGCCCCAAUGGCAGAGGCAUGGACAGGUGCCCGCAGGAACGCACGCAAACAAGCUGCAACAUGAGCGGCCAAAGCAGAAUGCCGAGGGAAAGCCCCCUCUCCCUCAGCCGCAACAGCAAAGUUGUCAGUAUGCGGACGGGCGACGGCAGUCCGACUGCAUGAUUGCGGAUAGACCGGCGACGGACGCGGGAGCUGACACAAAUCCCUAUGCGAUCAGCGCUGGAGGUGUUUCAGCUCAGGAGCAAAAUCAGCUGCGUGCCACCAGCGCAACCGAGGGUGGUGGGCAGCCCAAUUCCAAGGCACUGGCGCUGCUGCGCCUAAAGCAGCAGAGCAUUAUGCGCCACAAUGCCCAUGUUAGCACUAUUAACGAGUGA